AUGGACCUGAGGGAUUUUUACCUGUUGGCUGCUCUGAUUGCCUGUUUAAGGCUGGAUUCUGCAAUAGCUCAAGAACUUAUUUACACUAUUAGAGAGGAAUUGCCUGAAAAUGUGCCCAUAGGAAACAUACCAAAGGAUUUGAACAUUUCUCACAUCAAUGCUGCCACAGGGACCAGCACUAGCCUUGUCUACAGACUGGUUUCUAAAGCUGGGGAUGCCCCUUUGGUGAAAGUAUCCAGCAGCACUGGGGAAAUUUUCACAACCUCCAAUCGAAUAGACCGAGAAAAACUCUGUGCUGGAGCCUCAUAUGCUGAGGAGAAUGAGUGUUUCUUUGAACUUGAGGUGGUGAUCCUCCCCAAUGACUUUUUCAGGCUGAUCAAAAUAAAAAUAAUUGUCAAGGAUACCAAUGAUAAUGCCCCGAUGUUUCCAUCUCCUGUCAUAAAUAUUUCCAUUCCAGAAAACACUUUGAUCAACAGCCGCUUUCCAAUUCCAUCAGCAACAGAUCCUGACACAGGCUUCAAUGGUGUACAGCAUUAUGAAUUGUUAAAUGGGCAGAGUGUUUUUGGAUUAGAUAUCGUAGAAACUCCAGAGGGAGAGAAGUGGCCACAAUUGAUUGUUCAGCAAAACUUGGAUAGAGAACAGAAAGACACCUAUGUGAUGAAAAUCAAAGUAGAGGAUGGAGGCACUCCACAGAAAUCCAGCACAGCCAUACUGCAGGUCACAGUAAGUGAUGUAAAUGACAACAGGCCAGUGUUUAAAGAGGGUCAAGUGGAGGUGCAUAUUCCAGAGAAUGCUCCUGUAGGUACCUCUGUAAUUCAACUCCAUGCCACUGAUGCAGACAUAGGCAGUAAUGCUGAAAUCCGGUACAUUUUUGGUGCCCAAGUCGCCCCUGCAACCAAAAGACUCUUUGCUUUAAAUAAUACUACUGGGCUGAUUACAGUUCAGAGGUCCUUAGAUAGAGAGGAGACAGCCAUUCACAAAGUGACAGUGCUGGCUAGUGAUGGCAGCUCCACUCCUGCUCGAGCAACGGUUACCAUCAAUGUCACUGAUGUAAACGAUAACCCUCCUAACAUAGACCUCAGGUACAUUAUAAGUCCCAUCAAUGGCACAGUGUAUUUGUCUGAGAAAGAUCCUGUCAAUACAAAGAUUGCCCUAAUUACAGUUUCAGAUAAGGACACAGAUGUGAAUGGCAAAGUGAUCUGUUUCAUUGAAAGAGAGGUCCCAUUUCAUUUGAAGGCAGUAUACGACAACCAAUAUUUGUUAGAGACCUCUUCUUUGUUGGACUAUGAGGGCACCAAAGAAUUCAGCUUUAAAAUUGUUGCCUCUGAUUCUGGGAAGCCCAGUUUAAACCAGACUGCCCUGGUAAGGGUUAAGCUUGAGGAUGAAAAUGACAACCCACCAAUUUUCAACCAGCCUGUAAUUGAGCUGUCAGUUUCUGAAAACAACCGACGUGGGUUAUACUUAACAACUAUUAGUGCCACAGAUGAAGACAGUGGGAAAAAUGCAGACAUUGUUUAUCAGCUUGGACCGAAUGCCUCCUUCUUUGAUCUGGACCGAAAGACAGGAGUUUUGACUGCGUCCAGAGUCUUUGACCGAGAAGAGCAAGAACGAUUCAUCUUUACAGUCACUGCCCGGGACAAUGGGACCCCUCCCCUCCAAAGCCAAGCGGCUGUGAUAGUUACUGUUCUGGAUGAGAAUGACAAUAGCCCCAAGUUUACUCAUAAUCAUUUUCAAUUUUUUGUGUCUGAAAAUCUGCCAAAGUAUAGUACUGUGGGGGUAAUCACAGUGACAGAUGCAGAUGCUGGCGAGAAUAAAGCUGUGACUCUUUCCAUUCUAAAUGACAAUGAUAAUUUUGUGUUGGAUCCGUAUUCUGGAGUCAUAAAGUCAAAUGUCUCCUUUGAUAGAGAGCAGCAGAGUUCCUACACUUUUGAUGUCAAAGCCACUGAUGGUGGACAGCCACCUCGUUCCUCUACUGCAAAAGUAACUAUCAAUGUCAUGGAUGUUAAUGACAAUAGCCCAGUUGUCAUUUCUCCACCGUCAAAUACUUCCUUUAAGUUGGUGCCCCUCUCCGCCAUUCCUGGCUCUGUGGUAGCAGAAGUUUUUGCAGUGGAUAUUGACACUGGAAUGAAUGCUGAACUUAAGUAUACAAUAGUGAGUGGGAACAACAAAGGCUUAUUUCGAAUUGAUCCAGUAACAGGUAACAUUACUCUGGAAGAAAAACCGGCACCUACUGAUGUGGGCUUACACCGUUUGGUGGUCAACAUAAGUGACCUGGGAUACCCUAAGUCCUUGCACACACUUGUGCUUGUAUUCCUUUAUGUUAAUGACACUGCUGGAAAUGCCUCCUACAUCUAUGACUUGAUCCGCAGGACUAUGGAGACCCCGUUGGACAGGAACAUAGGGGAUAGUAGCCAACCCUAUCAAAAUGAGGACUAUCUCACCAUCAUGAUUGCCAUUGUCGCAGGAGCCAUGGUGGUUAUAGUUGUGAUCUUCGUUACCGUUCUGGUGCGCUGUCGCCAUGCAUCAAGGUUCAAAGCAGCUCAGAGGAGCAAGCAAGGUGCCGAAUGGAUGUCCCCAAACCAGGAGAACAAACAAAACAAGAAAAAGAAAAGGAAGAAAAGAAAGUCUCCCAAGAGCUCUCUUUUGAACUUUGUUACUAUCGAAGAGUCCAAACCCGAUGACUCAGUUCAUGAGCCUAUCAAUGGGACAAUAAGCUUGCCAGCUGAGCUGGAGGAGCAAAGUAUAGGAAGAUUUGACUGGGGCCCGGCACCUCCGACAACCUUCAAGCCUAACAGCCCUGACCUGGCCAAGCACUACAAAUCUGCUUCUCCACAGCCUGCUUUUCAUCUCAAACCAGACACUCCAGUUUCCGUGAAAAAGCAUCAUGUGAUUCAGGAACUCCCUUUGGACAACACCUUUGUCGGGGGUUGUGACACCCUUUCCAAACGCUCUUCCACUAGUUCAGAUCACUUCAGUGCCUCAGAGUGCAGUUCCCAAGGAGGCUUCAAGACAAAGGGCCCCUUACACACCAGACAGUGUAACUCACACAGCAAAAGUGACAAUAUUCCUGUCACUCCUCAGAAAUGUCCCAGCUCUGCGGGUUUCCACAUUCAAGAGAAUGAAGAAAGCCAUUACGAGUCGCAGCGCCGCGUUACGUUUCACCUGCCUGAUGGCUCCCAGGAAAGCUGCAGUGACAGUGGUCUAGGAGACCACGAGCCGGUGGGUAGUGGAACCCUGAUCUCACACCCUCUUCCUCUGGUUCAGCCACAGGACGAAUUCUAUGACCAGGCCUCUCCGGACAAGAGGACCGAAGCAGAUGGCAACUCUGACCCCAACUCUGAUGGGCCUCUGGGUCCCCGAGGAUUAGCUGAAGCUACAGAAAUGUGCACUCAAGAGUGCUUGGUUCUGGGUCACUCUGAUAAUUGCUGGAUGCCUCCUGGCUUGGGUCCUUAUCAACACCCAAAAUCUCCUCUCUCAACCUUUGCACCCCAGAAAGAAUGGGUCAAGAAGGACAAGCUUGUGAAUGGGCACACGCUGACCAGAGCCUGGAAAGAAGACAGCAACAGGAACCAGUUCAAUGACCGUAAGCAGUAUGGCUCCAAUGAAGGUCAUUUCAACAAUGGCGGCCACGUGACAGACAUUCCUCUGGCAAAUCUGAAGUCUUAUAAGCAAGCAGGAGGGUCUAUUGAGAGUCCUAAGGAGCACCAACUCUAA